AUGGAAGACCUCGGGGCUUUAGUAUCCUUCCUCAGAGUGCCGGUCCUCAAGAACCCCCUAACUUUCCACAAGUUUAUCGCGAGUCCAGCAACCUCUUCUUCAAAAGACCGGUUUAAGGACCUUCGGAUAUUGCUUGGAUCUAUUUGUCUUCGAAGGACACGAGAAAUACUGCCUUUAAAAAUACCUAUUCCGCACGUCCGAGAGGUUUAUCUGACUCCGUCCGAGCGACAGGCAUACAACAAUCUGGUACAAGAAGGCACAAAACAGAUCGAUAUGAUAGUCAGCAGGCGUAGUAAGAAGAAAAUGAACGCCGUCGUGCUCGAAACGAUCCUCAGUCUACGUUUGUUCUGCAAUAAUGGCAGCUCAGAUGCGAACCUGCAAGUGGAUUCAACAGGACUACCAUCCGACCCCGAUGAAGCAUUGGCAUAUCUUCAGCAAGAUGACCAGGAUAACUGUGCCAUUUGCUUGACUACCAUAUACUCUAUUGACGAUUCUGACAAGACCGAUGGUGGAAGCUUUAUAGCAUCCUGCUGCCAUUUAAAGGAGGACGGAACCCCUCACUCUGUCAGCGGGUAUCCGCCAAAGCUGCUUUUACUCUUGGAUGAUAUUGGCCAGGCUGGUACAGACAAGUGUAUUAUUUUCUCUUGUUGGAAGACAACACUCGAGCUUGUGAGCAAACUUCUUUCACAUCAUUCGAUCGAGCACGGUUUUAUUCAUGGCUCACUGUCGCUGAAUGAGCGAAGCAAAGUGCUGAAGGAGUUUCGAUUAACAACUGGCCCAAAUAUUCUACUGAUGACGUUGGGGACGGGUGCUGUAGGGUUAAACCUCUCUAUUGCAUCCCGCAUUUAUCUCCUGGAGCCUCAAUGGAACCCUUUCAUUGAGGAGCAGGCGAUUGGCAGAGCACUGCGGCUCGGCCAACAAUCCCAAGUCGUUAUUUUCAGAUACAUUACGGAGAAAACAAUUGAGCAGGCCGACGUUUUAUCCCGCCAGAGAAGGAAAAUACAGCUAGUGGGUGGAGGAUUCGGCAAGGGGAAGGGCGUAUCACCUGAAACUACAGAGUCGCUACGGCAUAUGUUUAAUGGUGGCGGAUCAUCUGCAUGA